CCGUUCCGAUUUCUUAUUCCUAUUUCGGUUCAGUAGCGGACACGGAAGCGGGGCGAUAUAUGCUUCGCGCUCUGCCCUGCAGCAUCCUCCGCCCCCUUCCACCCUGAAUCAGCAGCAACGCCCUGUCUCCACUCUCCACCUCCCCAGCCGCUACGUGUCCGAGCGCCGACGAUCGAGCAGCAGCAGCAGCAUCUCAGGAUCCAUCCAUAUCCACUAGCAAACUGGGGACGAUGGCGUUCAAGAAGGAUGAUAACUUCGGAGAAUGGUACUCCGAGGUUGUUGUUAACAGUGAAAUUAUUGAGUAUCAUGACAUCUCUGGCUGUUAUAUUUUGAGGCCGUGGGCGAUGGAGAUCUGGGAAUUGCUGAAAGAAUUCUUUGAUGCAGAAAUAAAAAAACUGAAGUUGAAAUCUUAUUAUUUCCCUUUGUUCGUUACUGUGAAUGUUGUGCAGAAGAAGAAGGACCACUUUGAGGACUUUGCUCCUGAGGUGGCAUGGGUUACUAAAACAGGAAAUUCUGAGCUGGAAGCUCCUAUUGCAAUCCGUCCCACGAGUGAGACGGCCAUGUAUCCAUACUUCGCUAAAUGGAUAAGAAGCCAUCGGAACUUACCUUUGAGAUGCAACCAGUGGUGCAGCGUUGUUCGAUGGGAGUGUAGCAAUCCAAUUCCUUUAAUAAGGAGCCGCGAAUUUCUUUGGCAAGAAGGGCAUACAGUUUUUGCAACUAAAGAGGAGUCAGAUGAAGAGUUUUAUCAGGUUCUCCGUAUAUUGGAACUCUACCGAAGGAUAUAUGAAGAAUUUUUAGCAGUUCCAGUGUCCAAAGGGAGGAAAAGUGAGAUGGAAAAAUUCGCUGGUGGACUUUAUACAGCUAGUGUUGAGGCCUUCAUUCCAAACACUGGCCGUGGUAUACAAGCCGCAACUUCAAAUUGUCUUGGUCAAAACUUUGCAAAGAAGUUUGAAAUCUUUUUCGAGGAUGAGAAUGAUCCCGCUCAAAAAAAGAAAGAGAAGAACAAAAGGUCCUUGGUGUGCCAGAAUUCUUGGGCGUACACCACCCGCUCGAUUGGAGUGAUGGUGAUGACCCAUGGCGAUGACAAGGGCUUAGUGCUGCCACCAAGGGUGGCACCUAUCCAGGUCAUAGUUAUUCCUGAUCCAUUAGAGGAUGCGGACACGACGGCUAUUAACGAAGCAUGCGAGACGAUUGUAUGCACUCUAAACCAAGCUGGGAUUCGCGCAGACUUGGAUACUCGUGAGAACUACUCUCUGGAAUGGAAAUAUUCUCACUGGGAAAUGAAAGGUGUUCCCCUGAGAAUCGAGAUAGAUCUGAAAGAUCUGGCAAACAAGCAGGUGCCCGUCGUCCGGCGAGACAAUGGUGCAAAGGUUGAUAUUCUUUCGACCGAUUUGGUUGAGCAUGUAAAGGUGUUGCUGGAUGGGAUUCAAGAUAGCUUGUUUCAAACAGCCAAGCAGAAGAGAGAUGCUUGCAUUGAAGUCGUCUACACUUGGGACGAAUUCACAGCAGCUUUGAAUGACAAGAAGCUGAUCUUGGCUCCAUGGUGCGAUGAAGAGGAGGUUGAGAAGGACGUGAGGGCUCGGACCGAAGGCAAUCUCGGCUCUGCCAAAACAUUGUGUGCUCCAUUCGAUCAACCAGAUCUUCCAGAAGGAACUGUGUGCUUUGCUUCUGGAAAGCCCGCCAAGACCUGGUCGUUUUGGGGCCGCAGCUAUUGAUUGAAUCUUCUCCGUGUGUGCCAUGGUACCGCCUGCCAUGCUGCGGUUCUUUGCCAUUCCUUGCCGUUUGGAGAGCCCAUUGAUUUUGAAUAGGCCUGCAAUCUUGGACUUCACGCACCCGCGCACGCACACAUGCACACAUAUUUAGCAUGUGGUGUUGCUUAUUACUAGAGGCUAAUGUGCGCUUCGCCGCGCCGUUCUUCACCUGUAGGAUUAACUCUUUUUUCUAUGUUGGCUUGGGUUUAAAUUAUGUUAUGUUCUUUCAUCCAUAUAUAUGGUGUUGGCCUGCUACUGAAGACAAUAUUGUUCUGAGAUAAGAGUGAAGUUGUUAGGUGCAUUGUUGUGGAGUCCUUCCAUGUUUCCGCCUCGGUGUCAGUUGAUGGUGGUUGUAUGAGUCCCUUGAGAGCUCUCAUUCCACGCUGAAAUCGUGGAAUUGUUGUUAUAAGGCUCACAUGGGCCGGCACAUGAAGCUCUCGGCUUGG